CUAUCGAAUGCUCGAUAGCACGAGUUCACAUCACGCCUACAACUAUCGAUUGUACUUUAUUUUGUAAAAAUAAAUUUGCAAAUUUGGCUAGAAAAAUUCAAGUAUCUACUGGCUAAAAUCCGGACUGAAAGAACAUCGAAACACGAGACCGCAGCAGUGACUGCCACUCAAGAGAUUCGGCGACCAGGACUUCAGCGUAAAACAGCCGGAAAACAAGAAGCGGCUUUUCGCGACGACGCCGACAUUGGCAGAGGAAAAGCGGGGAAAGCGAGGAAAGCGGGGACAGUCAGCGCCAUCGAGCUACAGCCAUGUCGCGCAGCGUGCGGGCAGAGACGCGGAGUCGGGCGAAGGAUGACAUCAAGCGGGUGAUGCAGGCGGUGGACAAGGUGCGCCACUGGGAGAAGAAGUGGGUGACCAUCAGCGACACGACCAUGAAGAUCUACAAAUGGGUGCCCAUCGCCUCCGCCAGCGAGAAGAAGUCCAAGCUGGAGGCCUCGCCGGGCUCGGCCCUCAACCGCCGCCCGCCCACGAGUUCGGGGGGCGUGCCCGUAGGCGGCAGCGGCAGCAAGAGCGACAAGGAGAACUCGCAGAAGGGCACGCCCACGCCGCCCCAGAUCACGCCCAGCUACCAGGGACUCACCGCCGAGGACUCGAACACCUGUAAGAGCACACUAUAUGGUCGCCAGGACCUUUCCAGAGCCCCCUUGUCCCAGCUUGUGUACCAGACCCCAAGAUAUUACCAACUAUAGGGCUACAUUUCUUAUAAAUUGUUUAAUAAUCAUAAUUUUUUGCCCUUAUAUGCCUAGUUUACCUGUAAGAAUGUAGAAUAUGGUAAUCUGACCCCUUUCUUAUUUAUCUGCCCCUCAGAUAUUUUCAAAACUAUCUUCUGUCCGUAGGUUUGGCACCUAUUUGGUUCCAUUAUGACUCACAAGCGGUUGCUGAGCCUCUAGAGUCCCCAUUUUAAUAUGAUUUUGCCUCAGAUACUUAUUGCACUUUCAAAUAUUGUCAUAACCAUUAACUAUAGCGUUACUUUUCAUACAACUUGUUAUACAAUCAUAAUUUGAUGCCCAAAAUGCCUUGUUUACAAACUUCUAUACCUGUAAAAACGCAGAAUAUAGUAAUCUGAUCCCUAGUCAUUUAUCUGUUUAUUUUUAAAACUUCUCUGUAUUUAUGCAUAGAUUUUGAUCCAACAUGACUCAUAUUUUCAAGGUAGCCGUAACUAUACCUCAAGUUCCUAUUCAAGAUCGUAUUGAGAAUCAAUAAUUUUUUGUCCUUAAAUGACAAGGCUGUAGAAUAUUGUAAUCUGAUCACUUGUCAUUUAUCUGUCCAUAAGAUAGUUUCAAAACUUAUUAUUUCAAUUGUCAGGCACUUAGCAAGCGGAACGAUACAGUUAUAACUAAUAGUUGUUAAAAAUGCCUAGUUUACAGACAGUUGUCUUUUCAAUGUCGAACAUAGUUCACCGAAUCACUAAAUUUUGCAUUGGUUAUUUUCAUUUAUAACUCAAUAAUUCUUGCUAGGGUUUCUGAACCUCUAGAGUCAAAUUUUUAAUUAUUUUCUGCCAGGCAUUUAUCUCCCUUUAAGAUAUUAACAUAAUUAUUACCUAUUGGGCUCCAUUUGAUAGAAAUUCUCGUCUAGAAUUCAUAUUAUAUGCCCUGAAAUGCCUAGUUUACAGACUCCGUUAGCUGUGAAAUGUAGAAUAUGGUAAUCUGAACUCUUUGUG